CAUGUGUCAACUGCCGAGUUAUCUUUCCACGCACAUUUAUUUUUUGCAUGAUAUCAACAGAAAACUUCGGUAUUUAAAAGGCGGACAAACGCUUGCAGUAAAGUUUGAACACAACCCAUCUCAGAGCAGCAUUGCUAUUCAAAUCUGAGGCUUCCAAAUCUAUGCGCAUUGUCUCCUUCUGGAUUUUUGGGGUGUGUCAUACUGCCAUUCGAUUGAUAUAUUUCUUGCAUUCUUUCUUUUAUUUUUUUAUUUUCCGUUGGGUGAUCGAUGUGAAUGUACUUAGGCUCUUGUGGAUUUGAGGUGUUGCUUAAAGUGUUCGGGGUUAUGAUUCAAUUGGGGAACCAAUUUCGUCUGGAAUUGAUUUUACUGGAGUUACUUUAAGAGACUGGAUUUUCUGAGAAGUAAAAGCGGUUUCGAGGCCGGUUUUGCGGUUAAUGGGUUUGCUCAAAGUUGGAAAUGAGUUUAUGUUGGGAUUUUUUUGAUUCGAUUUGUAGAUGGAGACUAGAUUUUGGUUGAAAUGAAAUGUAGUCUGCAUAUGGAUUUUUGUGGUUCAUGUGAUUUAAAUUGAGUUUGCAUCCUUAUUUUUAUAAAGAGAUUAGAUUGAAUUUUUGGGUUUUGGAUGUCCAGGAGCUACAUUGGAUUUGAGACUACAUAUUUGAUAAUUGACUGAAAUUGAAGAACUGGGUUCAGUCUUUGGAACUAAUUUGCUCGUGAGUUUUCUGUUUAGGCCCUAAUUUUUGGGUAACACAGGCUAUUUCUUCUUUUUGUUUGGGCAUUUGUUCUGAUAUCACAUUUUAGAUUUCACGAAAGUAGUUUUUACCUGGUGGGAUUGAUUUGAUAUUGCCUUGAUAUGAUUUUGGGUUUCUUUUAUGUGAAUGACAAGGAGCUUCUAGACAAAGUACAGCAAAGGGGGAUGGAAUUUGAGAUUGCCGGUAUUCAAGAUCAUUGGAAGUGUGAAAGAAGCCGGUUAUGAUUUUUAAGACUGACAUGUACUCGGUUUUCACAUUAUAGUUUCUGGGAGUCCUUUGUAAGAGGGGAGAUGAGAACUAUGGUUGUGAGUUUGGAAGUACAAUGACUGGAGGGUCAUUGGGUCUACGGGGAAGCCAUGGUUCGUCACAGCCUUCAGCAAAAUUUCCAGCCAUUGCUCGGAAAUAUUCUUCCAAAAUGCUGGCGUCAAGUCUGAGAGAGAAAGAGCGUGUUCUCCCUGUCAUUUGCCGGUACUUGGGACGGAGAAGGGUUGCAAUGAUUCUAUUGGUUGCACUUGCUCUUCUAGCUUUUGUUUGGGGUUCUCUUAAAGUUAGUAAAGAAGGCACUAGUUCUAAUGUUAAGAAAAACAAUGUAGCUUCUCUCCAUCAACACGAGGAGGCAGGUAGUGGUUCAUUAGAACAUCCAUGCCACAGAUUUGCACUUCCUCCUCCCCCUCCACUUGGUGGAAGACGGCUUGGACCACGUCCCUGUUCGGUUUGUUACAUUCCUGUGGAGCUAGCCAGAGCUAGAAUGCCAAGUUCUCUAUCAGUAUCUCCAGUGCUUCGCAAUUUGACAUAUGUUGUUGAUGGAAACCCACGCAAAACCGAACUGCAUGGUGGUUCUGAUUUUGGUGGAUAUCCUUCUUUAAAGCAGAGGAAUGAUUCUUUUGAUAUACGAGAGUCCAUGACAGUGCACUGCGGAUUUGUCAAAGGAAAUAAACCAGGUCACCAUACCGGAUUUGAUAUUGAUGAAGCUGACCUUAUGGAGUUGCAGCAGUUUCAUGAAGUCAUUGUCGCAUCAGCUAUAUUUGGGAACUAUGACAUAAUCCAACAGCCCAAGAACAUCAGUGAAGAAUCAAGGAGAACUGUUCCUUUCUACAUGUUUGUUGAUGAAGAGACAGAGGCAUAUAUGAAGAAUUCUAGUGUCCUGGAUAGCAGUAUGAAAGUUGGAUUAUGGAGGAUUAUUGUUGUCCAUAACAUUCCUUAUAAUGACUCAAGACGUAAUGGGAAGGUUCCAAAGCUUCUGUUGCAUAGGAUCUUGCCCAAUGUUCAGUACUCCAUAUGGAUUGAUGGAAAACUCCAGCUUGUGGUAGAUCCCUAUCAAGUUCUUGAGAGGUUCUUGUGGAGCCAAAAUGCUAAUUUUGCAAUCUCAAGACACUACAGGCGCUUUGAUGUGUUUGAAGAGGCUGAAGCUAACAAAGCUGCUGGAAAGUAUGACAAUGCCUCCAUUGAUUACCAGAUUGAAUUUUACAAAAGCGAAGGCUUAACACCAUAUUCUGAUGCUAAGUUUCCAAUAACUAGUGAUGUUCCAGAAGGUUGUGUUAUUAUAAGAGAACAUGUACCCAUUACAAAUCUGUUUGGAUGCCUUUGGUUCAAUGAAGUUGAUCGGUUUACUUCCAGAGAUCAGUUAAGCUUUUCAACAGUAAGGGAUAAAAUUAUGAAAAAAGUUAAAUGGAGCAUUGAUAUGUUUCUGGACUGUGAAAGGCGUAAUUUUGUGAUUCAGGCUUAUCACAGAGACUUGUUAGAGCACAUGCCAUCCCCUGUUGCCUCUGUUAUUCGCGGUCGACCAUCCCUGAACCAUUACAGUUUAACUGGAAGGACUCCAGUGAAGGAUACUCGUAGGAAUAGGAGAUUUAGUGCAAGACAUCACCGCAAGUCUGUUGCUGGUACCAGGAACAAGCAAGCCAUUUCACAGGCAAGAAAAUUUUACCUUAUUUCUAAUUAUGCAACUUGAGGAAGUACGAUUUGGUUAGAGUGUUACGAAUUGUCAAAGGGUCAAGAGGGGCUCAAAAUUUUGUUUCCGAAUUGUUGAUAUCUGUUGAUUCAUUCAUACUUGUAAAGGCAUCCAAGCAAAUAAUUCUCAUACAAGCUGCAAUGGUUCCAUGACAUCUUAACUCGGAAGACAUUUCCAUUUCUUGAUGCACAUGUAUUGCCUUGGAUCUCAUUAUUGUGAGUUUCUUCAAGAGUAAUGUAAUUAGCUUUUGUCUCAAAUACUAUAGGUUGAAUAUGAUAAUCUCUCUCUUCUAUUAAUUUUCAUGAAAGGACUGAUACAGUUUACUGUUU